AUGUUGAUAGCGGUGCUGGUGGCGAUCUUGAACGUUCUCACUAUCGGGCAGGCUGACUCGGCCACGAAUGCCCUGUACCAGUGCGGUAUUCGGAAACGUUUCGGAAUACAACUGAUUCAUCAUGGGUGGAUAGCGGAAAAGGGACAAUGGCCGUGGCACGUCGCUUUGUAUCACCGCACAACCGCCCACGGAAGCGAGUACCGAUGUGGAGGCACGCUAAUAGAUCAACGUCACAUCCUUACCUCCGCUCACUGUGUCGUCCGGUCUAAUGGAUAUCCGAUGGCUGCGGAAGCGAUAACAAUCCAUCUCGGUCAGUAUGAUCUUCAGGAACAGACGGAUCAGGUUCAAAUAAUGUCAGUAGCUGAGGUGCAUGUUCAUUCGGAUUUUGAAACCAACCGAAAUGAUAUCGCUCUGCUGGUCUUGAAAUCGACAGUUCAAUAUUCCGAUUAUGUUAUUCCGAUCUGUUUGGAUCGGAAAGCUAAUAGUAGGGACGAAGCCAACAAGCUCGAAGGCUUACGAGGUUCGGUUACCGGAUGGGGUCAACUGGCGAACGGGUCACUUCCGCGGCAGUUGCGUACUGCCGAGAUGCCAAUCGUAAGUCACCUGGAGUGCGUUCAGAACGACCCGGUUCUGUUCGGGCGCUUUUUGAAUCCCAGCGUGUUCUGUGCUGGUGAUAAAAAUGGAACGAGCGUUUGCAAAGGGGACAGCGGAGGUGGAAUGUACGUUAGCGAAGGCGAUCGCUGGAUUUUAAAAGGAAUCGUUUCGUUUUCCGGAUUGGAUAAGCAUAGCAACUGUGACACUUCCAAGUUUGUGGUGUUUGCUAAUGUCGUGUACCAUCAUUCUUGGAUCAGUAACUUGACACGUACCGAUGCUGAACUUGUGAAGCCUAUCUCUAGGCGAAUUAGCGAAAUUGAAUGUGACAAUUAUAAAUCCGUUGCAAAGAAAAAAGGAAACGGAAUUUGUUACAAUUCAAGAAACUCUCACUCGGUUGCCAUUUGGUAUGAGGGAUCCCAGACAGCCUGCUCCGGAGUCCUUGUGAGCGAAAGUUUUGUUCUCCUACCGUGUCAUUGUGCUAGUUCCCACUUCAAAUUGGACUUCGUUCGAAUAGGAGACGCAUCGGAUUACAAAGUAGGAAACGUAACAUGUCAUCCAACCUACAGUCGGCGGUCUGCAUAUCAUGAUCUUGCACUUAUUCAACUGGAUACGGCAGUUCGUCUUACACCGGCAGUUCUGCCAGCUUGUUUGGCAAAUAAUUGGACAGAAAACCUGUACGAAACAUUACUGGUAACGGGACAUGUUGGAAAUGAGGCACGACCAGAGUUUCUGGAGACUGUCGAAAACCGUGUAAUCGCAAAAGAUGAAUGCAACCGGAUGAACAUUUUUAGUUCCCAACGAUGGCGCGAUGGCAUUUCCGAAGGCGAAGUGUGUGUCCUGAAUGACGAUCCUGAAAGGGAGAACUCUUUUCGACUGCCGGGAGCGGCUCUGCAAACGAUGAGCACCCGCACCUGUAUGGUUACGCUUUUGGGCAUUCAGAUUGGAACGAGUACAGACACUCUGGCACAAUCUAUUCCACCACUGGAUGUGUACAGCCGGGUUGCUCAUAACCUGGACUGGAUUGAGCAGGUAGUGUGGGGUGUAACGGCUGACGACGAACUGGGAAUACCCGGAACAACCGAACCGGUAAUCGAAACUGAGUUGACAACAUUACAGUCUAGUGCAGAUCCAUUGAAUGCACUGAAUCCAGAUUUCGUUUAUCCAGAUCAUCCAGCGCUGAAUCGAACAGACAGCUAAGACAGACAACUCGGAAAGAAAUAAUCCAUCUCAAUACCUAAUUCAAAAUAGUUAAAAAUCCUGGUUGUAAAAUACAGAAUAGGGCUUUGAAAUUAUACAAAUAAUUUAAUUAGUUAAGAAGCGUUUAGUUUCUUAAAUUUUUAUUGAUACUGUUCGGUUGAUUGUUCGAUGUAAUAAACGACUUAAA